AUGGCGUCCAAGUCUCCGGUUUCUGCCGCAUCGCAGCAGAAAGCCUCCUCUAAUACACCCGAUGCAGCUCCGAGCACGAACCCGACAUCUCCGCAUUCACUCGCGUUCCCGAGCCCCCAAACCUUUGAUUUCCUCCCUCCAUUACACGCCUUGCUAUUGCGACUGCUAUCGUCUACCUCGACAUCAACAGCCAACAACCAGCCGGCCACAGGCGGCGGCGAUGCUUCGACUGGAACCGUAACCGUCGCAGGCGGCGGAGAUCAGGGUCAAACUCAACAGCAACAGCAGAAGGUGGUCGAGCAGCAAGCAAAUGGUGGCUCGUCUAGUCAGACUAUAAGUCAUCCAGCAGCGGGCGAUUCAGGCUUGCUCGGCACCAGUACAGCAGUGCUUCCUCCUCUCGAGGCUAAGAACCUCCCGACAGCCGCCAGUGCGAUAAAAAUUCGUAUCCAGAAAGCUCGCGCGGUCGUUGAGAAUAUGCCUGACGUGGAGCGAUCGGUCGAUGAGCAGGCGCAGGAGAUAGAUGAGCUACAGAAACGGAUUGAGAAGUUGAAAUCGGUCAUCGCGGACUUUGGCCGUAGGGCGAGU